AUGGAUGGCGAGGGAGCCGAGGAGGAUCGAAAGAACAAAAAGGCACCGAAAGACAAGAAGGAGAAGAAGGAAAAGAAGGAUAAGAAGGGCAAGGACGGCAAGGAGCAGGCGGAGCAGGAGAGCACGGACGUCCCGGCUGCGGCGGUCGGCGCUGUCACUGCAGACUCCAGCCCUUCAGCCGGCGUGGAGGUCAAGCCCAAAAAGAUCAAGGCAAAGAAAGAGAAGAAGGAGAAGAAAGCUGAGCCUCUGGAUCCAGAGGAUGACUUGCAGGGCCUCCCAGACGAGGCCAAGGAUGCCGAGGGCGAGCCGGAGCACCCCGAAGAUCGGGACCCGGAUGACCGGCAUCCCAAAUUUUCCAACGUCGCUUCAGAGCUUCCUCCGGCCGAGCCUCCGGGCGAGGGCGAGGAAGUGGCCGCCGGGGCGGAAGCGGAGGCGGAGGCGAAGGACGCGGACGUGGAGCUUGCCGUGGAUGCGGGGCGCGCGGACGAGCCUCGCGCCAGUGAUCCGGCUGUGCAGCAGUUCGUGGGCGAGCAGCCUGCAGGGGAGGAGGAGACUGGGGAGACUGAGGAUUUCCCUGAAGUGAGGGUGGCCCUUCCUGACGAUGAAGUGGAGCCAUUGAUGGGCAGUGAGCAUCGUCGCAGCCAAGUGCCGUCAGUGCCGGCGGAGGACGUCAUGACAGGUCCUCCACCUCUCCAGCUUGGGACGGGAUCCGGCCUGGCUCACGACAUCAACAUCCCAGAGAGGGAAGUCGAGGGUCCUCGGCGGUACAGCCUCACUGGCCAAGAGAGCGUGCGGAGGUGCAUCGAGUGUGACCUGGUCUGGGACAUGGCGGUAACGCACUGCUCCCGGUGCCAGAAGCAGCUGGUGGAGGGAAGCAUCCAGGUGACCGAGUUUCUAAACGGCAGCCAGUUGGAGUUCCUGGAACAGGCCUUCAAGCGGUACGAUGUCGAUGGCUCGGGGAGACUGGACGGCAAGGAGCUUCGGAUGGCUGUGCGAGAACUCGGCUGGGACACGAAGCAGGACGUCUUGGACAGGUGGGCUCGCGUUGGGGGAAACCAGGGCCUCAACCUGGAUCAGUUCAAGAAUUUGAUUGCCAGUGGCAAGCUGGGGAGGAAGACGUUCAAACCCAUCACAGGGAAAGCGAGUCAGGCAGUCAAAGAUGAGAGAAGACAACUACUCGCCAUGGGAGGGGCAGCCCCGCAGUUUACCGCGCGCCAGAGGCCAGGCCGGCGUGGGGCGUUGAUCCCUGGCGCGACGCAGGAGUUGGCGCCGGACGAGUCGCUUUCGGCGGCGACCCCUGCGGCCCCGGCUUUCGGCGAAGGCCAGAGCGUCUUCGAGGAGCUGCCGGCGCAUCGGAAGGUGGAGCUCAUCGAGGCUUGGGCCUUCUGGGACGCGGACCACUCUGGCUUCCUGGAGCCGAUCGAGUUAAUGAAUGCUUCGAAAGGGCUUGGCUUUCACCUUCCAAUCGAAUCCGUCGUCGCCGUUUGUGGGAAGCACGGCGGUGGAAUCGACCAGGAGAAUUUCGUCCGGGUCAUGUCGGUUCAGAUAAAGCAUCGGGACGAGGAGCUGGGCCUUUGGAAGGGCGCAAACGCCUUGCCGCUCGAGGAAGAAGGGCUCGAUGAUGAAGACAGUACAACGCUGCGCGCCAAGCGGAAGAAGGAGCUAGCGAAGGCAGAGCUGAACCUUCGGCGCACCAGUGUGACGGACAAGAACUUCAAAUGGCGGAACCUGCUGUGCACCAGCCACGCUACAGUGGGCGAGUAUGCCAUUGGAGUCAGGCUGUACUUCGACUUGCUCCUUCUGUUGGUGAUCGCCUUCGGCGUGCUAACAGCCACGACUUUGCCAUUCUUGCUGAUGUGCGCAUCCAGCUCCGGCGGAGGUCCCGUGUUGAAGCAGACCGACGACGUGUUGAGCACAUUGGCGAAGUACUCCGUGGGAAACUUGGUGAGGUCGCCGGCAGCGGAUGCCACGGUGCAUAUCAUGAACGAGUUCUUCGGCUCCAUGGCGUUGCUGGGCGUGCUGCUGCUGUAUCGCUUCGUCAUCAUCCACCGGGCAACCUACACGACCAACAGCCGCAACCUGGCGAACCUGGCGAUUCAGGUCCGCGGUCUUCCCACCGAUUUGGGCUACCAUCACCUGGGCUACGAAGAGUUGCUUCGUGAGCAUUUUCAGACGGUCGCCUACGAACAAGCUCUGCGCAUGGGCACCGAACGGGAGCUGGAUGACCAGCCUGUCCGCGAGGUCGUCUUGUGGCGCAACUAUGAUGCAGCCGUUCAUGGAGUACUCCAGCAGGUGGAACUUCAAGCCAAACAAUUCAGCGUCAACACAGAGCUCAAAUUCUUGGAGCAGAAAGCUCGAGAGCACGACCUCUCGGAAGAGCUCGAGCACGACCUUGGCUACAAUGCUGGCGGCGGGCUCCAUCCUCAUCCCACCCAAACACUUGAAGCUUUCGGCUUUGCAUGA